CUAUCUGUAACAACUCGUUGUAAAUAUUCAUUGAAAGUGAGCUUACCGUAGAAGUUUACAGAUCGGAGAUGGCGGAGGUUUCCGGCGAUAAUAGCUACAAUGUGCGACCGCCGACGAGUGACACUGCAGGCUUUACAACGCCGUUGACGGUAUCAGCUUCGUUCAAGGAAGGGAAGACUUACCGGAGAAGGACGUCCAUGAGGCCAAGCCUAGACGCCGAUGAGUUCUUAAACCUUCUCCACGGAUCGGAUCCGGUGAAAUUGGAGCUUAAUAGACUGGAGAAUGAACUAAGAGAUAAGGACCGGGAAUUGUAUGAGGCUCAGGCGGAGAUCAAGUCAUUGAGAUUGUCCGAGCGCUUACGAGAAAAGGCUGUUGAAGAGCUUACCGCUGAGUGGUCAAGGGUUGACGAGAAGCUCAAGCUGACAGAAUCUCUUUUGGAAAGCAAGAAUCUUGAAAUUAAGAAAAUUAAUGAAGAGAAAAAGGCAUCCAUGGCAGCACAGUUUGCUGCAGAAGCCACCCUUCGAAGGGUUCAUGCUGCUCAAAAAGAUGAUGAUAUGCCUCCAAUUGAAGCCAUUCUUGCACCUUUGGAGGCUGAACUCAAGCUUGCUCGUCAGGAGAUUGCAAAGCUUCAAGAUGAUAAUAAAGCACUGGACCGUCUUACUAAGUCAAAAGAAGCAGCUCUACUUGAUGCUGAGAGAACUGUGCAGUCAGCAUUAGCAAAGGCUUCUAUGGUGGAUGAUCUUCAGAACAAGAACCAGGAAUUGAUGAAACAGAUAGAAAUAUGCCAGGAAGAAAAUAAAAUAUUGGACAGAAUGCAUCGACAAAAAGUUGCAGAGGUUGAAAAGCUUACCCAAACUGUACGUGAGCUUGAAGAGGCUGUUCUUGCUGGCGGUGCUGCUGCUAAUGCUGUCCGGGAUUACCAAAGAAAAGUUCAAGAGAUGAAUGAAGAAAGAAAAACUCUUGACCGGGAGCUCGCACGUGCCAAGGUCACAGCUAAUAGGGUAGCAACCGUGGUUGCUAAUGAAUGGAAAGAUGCCAGUGAUAAAGUAAUGCCUGUUAAACAGUGGCUUGAAGAAAGAAAGUUUCUGCAGGGUGAGUUGCAACAGUUACGUGACAAGCUUGUAAUCUCUGAACGAACUGCGAAAUCCGAAGCCCAGUUGAAAGAGAAAUAUCAUCUAAGGCUCAAGGUCCUUGAAGAGACAUUAAAAUCAACUAGCACAGGUGCUCGCACUACACCAGAUGGAAGAAGUUCAAGCAACGGUCCUUCGCGUCGGCGAUCACUGGGUGGUGCUGACAACAUCUCCAAAUUGACCGCCAAUGGCUUUUUACCGAAGAGAUCACCAUCAUUUCAGCUGAGAUCUUCUGGGGCCAGUACAGUGUUGAAACAUGCAAAAGGGACAUCUAAGUCGUUUGAUGGUGGUUCAAGAUCAUUGGACAGGAGUAAAAAACUUCUGAAUGGAACCGGUCCAAAUUUCAACAGCAGCAAGUCCUGUGACGGGACCAAAGACAAUGAGACUGAGAGCAAUUCAUGGAAAGCAAAUGAAGAUGAAAAACACAAUGACUCACAAAUGAUAAGAACAGAGGAUACUGUGCCUGGAGUAUUAUAUGAUUUGCUGCAAAAAGAAGUAAUUGCUUUGAGGAAAGCUGGUCAUGAGAAGGAUCAAAGUCUUAAUGACAAGGACGACGCUAUUGAGAUGUUAGCAAGGAAAGUAGAGACUUUAACAAAAGCCAUGGAAGUUGAGGCCAAAAAAAUGAGAAGGGAAGUUGCUGUGAUGGAGAAGGAGGUUUCUGCCAUGCGCGUUGAGAAAGAACAAGAAAAUAGAGCAAAAAGAUUUGCAAAUUCUAAGGGUCCAGUGAACAGUUCUCAGCCACUUCCUGGAAGGAAUGUAGCACGGAAUGGGUUAAUGCGAGGCACACAAUAAGAUUCGAGGAAAAACCCAUAGAUGCAGCUGUAAGAAGCAAUUCUGCAUAGCCUUGCUGUGCUCCUUGCCUACUUUUACAAUUCUCCUACUUCUUCUAAUGGUUGCUUGUAAAAUUGUAACAAGCAUGCUGAUGUCUGUACUCUCUGCGUUCUGGUUGUGGCAAGAUAGAAAUCUUUCCAAACAUGGGAGGACAACAGGUGACAUUUAGGCGUGCCUCUGACUUAUGCUUGCAAUCAGCAGCAAUGGAACUCAAGCUACCAAAGUUGAAUUAACAGUUUGGCAGAACAUUUUGUAUGGCAGUGGUUGUAUAGAUAGCUUGUUAUUCUUUUCCAUCUUGUUUGCAGUCUAUAUUUGUAAUCUGCAGCUCAAGUGAUAUGUUAUUGGUUCAGGUUUGGUAAUAUUCUAGUAAUAAGAUCAAUACUAGAACUUUUUGCCUAUUUAAUUGCACGGUUUGCUCUUUAAAUGGGUUGGUCUUUAAGUUUUGCCCUUCAAAAUCGGACUUAUGCCCUGCUACUUAUGCCUAGUGGGGCAUAAGUUCUCUGAGGGCACGUGACAUGACUUGUGCAAUAUUAUGAUGCGAAAAUUUAAGCUUA